UCUUCCCAGCGUCAUUUCGAUCACGCAAUUUGGUUCUGUCUUGAUAACUCUUGAGAGUCUCGGAUGUGGAGGGUGGAGUCUGUCUCCGUUGUUGGAUUCAGCUGCUUCGGUCUCGGCUGUAUCAAUGUAGUCAUUCGUGGACUGGCGUACUUCUAGAGAGAGAUCGGCAGCAAGUAGUGCGUGAGGUGUGGUGCUUUGAAUUGCAUUCAACGUACGCAUGGUAGGUUGCGGGAAUCUUUAUCAGAAUUUUCUGGAGAAGUGCAAACGGGUCUCUUGUAGAGAUUCUACGGCAAGUGAAUUCGUUAUGCGAAAAUGUAAUAAACACGGGGUUUUUGAGCAUGUAUUGAGUUUUUAAGAUGGGUACGGAGUGGGAAUUGAGCAAGGAGAACGUUCAACCCUUGCGUAAGGGGCGGAAGGUCGAGAUCCUCAAUGAGACCCUCCAGGUCAAGGAGGAGAGCCCGAGUCAGUCCAAGUUACUCGAUAGUCAGCGAAGAUCCAUGAUUGAGGCUAUUGACGCCUACGAAGGAGACGACCCAUUGCAUCCAUGGCUUCAGUGCAUAAGGUGGAUAAAGGACGCUUAUCCGACUGGGGGUUAUCAAUCUGAGCUUCUGCCGGUGGUGGAGGCAUGCACCCGCACUUUUCAGAAUGAUGAGCGAUAUAAGUCGGACAUAAGAUACUUGCGAGCAUGGGUACUCUAUGCAGAUUUAUGUAAAGAACCUCGGGAGAUAUAUCAGUUUCUUGAACUGCACUGUAUAGGGCAAGACCAUGCCCUGUUCUACGAGGCAUAUGCGACCUACAUGGAACUUUGUAAAAAGCACAGCAAAGCAAAUGAAAUUUACGAACUUGGUCUGCGAAGGGAUGCUCAGCCAUCAACUAGACUGCAAAACAUGUAUCAGAGCUUUCUGAAGCGUAUGAUGCAGCGGAACGAGCGGAAACUUCAAGAAGACCAAGAAGAUGCUUUUGAACCGGAGAAGAUGCGGCACUUCGGAGACAGCAGAGGACCUCCUACUCGUGCCCCGAUGAGACCUUCAUUUGGACAUGAUCAGCAAAGACGGAAAAUGCAUCAACCACAAGUUCCGAGGUCUACGAUGGACAUCUUUGUCGAUGAUGAAUUUCACUCAGGAACUCGUCCCUCGGUUGUCCCUGAACCGGUCGGUGUGCAUGUCCCUGCCGCAACAUGGAAGAACCUAGGGACCCAGAAAGAAGUGAGGAAAGAAAAUGACCAGAGACCUUCCAAAUGGAAUGAGACUACUCUGCCACGUCUAGGAAAGGUGUCUAAACAUGUUGAAGCACGCCCACCUAUUGAAGUCUUCGUUGACGAGGAGUGUGAAGAAGCUCAUGCCAGGUUGAAGGUUAAGAAUGCGUCUGCGUCAUCAACCACUCUUCGACAACGAGUCGAUGGUGUCUGUGACUUACGCAGAGAGCAGGAGGCAUUGCAGAAGAAUCCUCUGAUGCAUUUUAACGAUGGUGAGAAGCCAUCCACUGCCUCUCUGCUUCCAAGAGAUCCCAGCGGAAACUCUCGUGAACCAGAUGGACCUGAGAGUGGAGCUCCGCAUCUGGUGGGUUCUGAGAUUUUCCAAGGCGGUGAGGACGGUCGUGAAACUUGCUUUGAGGAAGCAAGGCUGGUGAGGUGGAAGAUGCCCCACCCAGCCGCACAUCAUCCAGCAGUAUCUUCACCGCGGAGCUCAGCUGAGAAGGCAAAGCUGAUCGAGAAAUCACUUAACAUGUUCCAAUCCAAAAAUGCAAAGCAGAAAAACCAAGAUUCCCGCUUCAGUGAUAGGGAGGUUCCAGUACCUGAGCGUCGUGUUCACGAUAUUGAUAUUUCUAACAAGAUGGUUGGGAAACUUUCUCGGGGAAGCUCGAACGAGAGCUCCUCUGACGAAUCUGUUGCAAGUUUUCUGGCACCGCCAGCGACCAAAUCUUCUAUGUCCAGAGCAAGUUCAAUGAGCUCCAUUGAUGAGCCUCCUCCAUUUGCUUGCUCCAUGCCUAACUCUCAAUUUACUGCAAAUGGCGAGGAGACUAUUGCAAUUAAGAAAUAUGCUGAGGAGUUGAUCAUUCAUGGAGCUGACCCCAAUGGCAGGCGGACUGACGUUGGCCGCCACCAAGGUCUGAUUGACCAAACAAUUAAUACCAAGGAGUGCCUUCAAGACAUCCUGUCUAUGUUUAACAGGCCCCUAUCGUGUGAGAAGGUGCCCCAGCGCAAACCCAGAGCCAGUAAGUCGUCGCGACCAUCUCCGAAUUCUACUGAGGGAUUUGAUGUAUUCAUUGAUGACGACGAGGACAACCCUCCCGUCCCUAGGCCUCAGAAUAAUGGCGUGAACCUGAAUCGAGGGUUUGAAAUUUUUAACGACGAGGAGAAUGAUCCCAGUCAACUGAGUAAAAUCCACGCAAAGAAAGGAUUUGAGGUAUUCGUGGAUGAAGUCAUCAGCGCCCCUCCUCCCAGGACAAGAAAGCUGAAAAUGAACUCCUUUGAGGUCUUUCAAGAUGUUCCAGACGUUGUCAAGCAACCAGGGAAGGGCAGCUUCGAAGUUUUUGAAGACGAAGAACUUCCUCCAAAGAAACCAGGGAGGGGCAGCUUUGAGAUCUUUGAAGAUGAACUUCCACUGGAGAGACCAGGGAAGGGCAGCUUCGAAGUUUUUGAAGAUGAGCUUCCCCCGACGAAACCAGGGAAGGGAAGCUUUGAGGUGUUUCAAGAUGAACCUGCUUCAACGAAAGCAGCGAAGGGGAAUUUCCUGGUGGAUGAAGUGAAGCACCGUGUUGCGAGACCGCCGGCGCGGAAGAUACCAUCUGCGAUGUGUGAAGGAUCGUUCGAUAUCUUCGUAGAUGACGAUGUGGUUGCUAAGUCAAGUGUUCCGAAGCAAGGAUCAUCAUCUAGAGGCACAGAGAGCACAUUUCAGGUGUACGCAGACGAAGACAGUAUUCCAGCUCCUAAAAAUGUGGAGCGACGAAUCCCCAAAAGUAAACCUGUAAGUAAGUCUCAGACCGGAGGUUUCUCCAUCUUCAUAGACGACGACGUUGCUGUUCAACCAGUCCGCAAACCUAAGUUGCAAUCAAGCACGAGAAAGUGAUCAUUGUUUUUUGAUUGAGGAGCAUAAUUCUCGUAUGCUUAACACGAACUGAUACACUAAGCAUCUGGUACGUAGUAUGACCCGUUAGUAAAACAGUAGCUGGGAAUGUUGUUCUCAGUCCACUUUGUCCUUGUUAGGUAUCGCCUGUAAGAAUGAUAACAUACCGACUAGUAUGUGAAACCCGUAAACCGACAAAUUAUUUGCUCAAUGUAAGGUUUUUGACAGUAAAUUCUCUGUCUCUAAUCUGAGCUACGCCGGUUCCCAACACGGAGACAUACUCGACGACAACUCGUUUCUGUUCGGAAUCAUCUUCAUUUGUGAUUUCAUCAAUUUGUCACUGUGUCCCUAAUUUUCACUCC